AUGUUGUGUCUCCUCUUUCUCACGCUGGAUCUCUCUGUAAAGUUUUAUCUGGUUGGUUGGGAAGAGUUUUGGAGGUGCAAGUGGCUGAUGGGAUAUAUGCUGGUCAUCCUGCUGUCUGCUGUUGACUGGACGGUGGCCAUGAAUAACAUCUGUGAAGAACAUAAUCUCCAUCUGAGGAGGAUACUGCGUCCGUUCUUUCUGCUCCAGAAUUCCUCACUAAUGAAGAAAACUUUAAAGUGCAUUAAAAUGACUCUCCCACAGAUCGCCAGUGUUGUGCUGCUGCUGAUCCUGCACUUGGCUCUGUUCACCAUCUUUGGCAUGCUGCUGUUCGCCAGAGGAGAGGACUCUGAGGUGAAUGCUGAAUGGGAGAGCUACUUCAGAGACCUGCCACAGUCCCUGACCUCUCUACUGGUCCUAUUGACCACCACCAACAACCCCGACGUGAUGAUUCCUGCUUACUCCACUAACAGACUGUACUCCCUGUUCUUUAUUCUCUACAGUGGGUUUGGGACGUACUUUCUGAUGCAUCUCCUGACCGCAGUGAUUUACAACCAGUUCAGAGGCUACCUGCUGCUGUCCAUAAAGGCGUCCAUUCUGAGGCGGAGGAUGGGGAUCCGUGCAGCUUUUGAGCUCCUGAGCACUGAGGUCCAACCACCGCACCACUCUGAGGCUAAAACUGAGACGGCUCGUGUGAAGACUAUAGUGAAGGUCAUGAAAAGGGUGAAGAUGAGCUCCUACUACAGACAGGCCAUUAUAAAGCGAGCGCUGCGGUCCUACAGUGGUUUGAUGGAGAGAGACGCGUUUCAGGCUCUGUUUGAGGAACUGGACAAAGACAGACUUCAUGAGCGUCCUGCGGUUCCGCUGUACUCCUCCAGGUUCCUCAGCGCACUCCAGCGUUUCUCCAGCAGCAAAACAUUCAGCGUUCUGACCAACACAGUGGCCCUCGCUAACGUCGUCUGCAUUUUUACAAUGUUGGUAAUAGACUCUCACAAGACUCCGGCACAGCGAGAGAGACACUACACUGAGUUAAUAAACUGCUUCUUCGUUGCCUGUUACGUGUCUGAGCUGGCGGUGAAGCUGGUUGCCGCAGGCUGGAGGAGGUUCCUCUCCUUUUGGAUCAACAUCUUUGACAGCUGCCUCACUCUUCUACUGCUCGCUCUUCAGGUGUACGUCUUUGCUCUGAUGUGGCUGCCGAGCUCCAGCUGGAGCUCCAGUCAGAAAGGUCUGCUGUCUCUGUGGGAAACGGCUCGGCUCAUGAACAUGCUUGUCGUUUUCCGCUUCUUACGGGUCAUCCUCAACAUUAAGCUGAUGGCCCUGGUGGCCAGCACUGUGCUGGACCUGGUGAAGAAUCUCAGAGCUUUUGCUGGAAUAUUAGUGGUGGUGUAUUAUGUGUUUGCAGUGCUCGGCGUUUGGCUCUUUAAAGGGGCAAUCACAGCUCCUGCUAACAUCAGCUCCAACAUCAACACCACUAAAAUGAAGUGUGGAUCGUAUGAGCAGCUGGGAUACUGGUCUAAUAACUUUGAUGACUUUGCAUCCGCUCUGGUUCUGCUGUACAACAUCAUGGUGCUGAACAACUGGCAGGUUUACCUGCAGGCCUACUCCAAGUCCACUUCAGAGUGGUCGAAGAUCUACUUCAUCUGCUGGUGGCUCACCUCCUCUGUAAUGUGGGUCAACCUGUUGGUGGCUUUGAUACUGGAGAACUUUAUCUAUAAGUGGGACAGAAGAAGCAGCAGCUGUGUUUCAGACAGUGAAGGAACUGACCUGGACACACCUGUCCAGCGCAUGUUCAGAGAGCACAUCCAGGAGCCUUCAGAGGAGGAAGUUGUGACCAAACUUAAUGAGAAUCCUCAUCUACAUCUGACUCUGUGAAGGGAAAUAAAACAUU